CAUUCAAUCCAAAACCCUCGAUCCUCGGCGUGUGUAUUAAUGGAGUAUGGACCCGACUUUAAGUUCUUCAACCCCACUUUUCUUCCGAUUUGUGUAGCAGGGAAACGUGCGUCUCAACCCUCACCCAACUACUCCUGUGUCUUCGUUAAUCACUAGUUUGCUUUCUACUUUCUAGUUUCUACAACACUCAACCUAUCGCCCAUUUCCCCCUUUUUUAACCCUUCCGCAAUCGCCACUAUUUGCCUUCCACUUUUGAGCUGUUUUAUUCAAUUAUUACUAAUCAUAAUUCAUCCCCUUCGAUUAUUUAUUCUUCUCUAUUCAAUCUUACCUGUAAUUUCUUAAUUAUUAGUACCUUUUUCCAUUCUGGGUCUGGUCCAUGGAUGAUGAAACUGUUUGCUUUUCAAUUUUCAUUCUAGUUUUCCGUUGUUGUCAUAUUUACUAACACCCAUUAUUGCGCCUAAAAAGCAUUGACUUCCUUGUACGAUAGUCACUUUCUGUUCUAGUUUUGGUUUCCUUUCAGGUAUUGGGGACCGAUUUAAGGAUUUCUUGUAUUCUAUCACGAAUCAGGGAUCUGGGUUUUCAUUGAUGUGAUGUGAAUCGAAUUUGUGUACAGAAAAAAUGGCUAAUCUGGUCCCUGGGGUUUUGUUGAAGCUGCUUCAACACAUGAACACAGAUGUAAAAGUUGCGGGAGAACACAGAUCGUCUUUAUUGCAAGUUGUGAGCAUCGUUCCAGCAUUAGCCGGAGGUGAGCUCUUUCAAAAUCAAGGGUUUUAUCUCAAGGUAUCUGAUUCAUCUCACGCCACAUAUGUAUCAUUACCCGAUGAAAAUAUCGAUCUUAUUUUAAGCGAUAAGAUCCAGUUAGGUCAGUAUGUACACGUUGAGCGCCUCGAAUCAGCCACCCCAGUUCCAAUUUUACAUGGCGUCCGACCAGUUCCCGGCCGACACCCAUGUGUCGGAACCCCAGAAGACAUUGUUGCCACUCAUUCUUUAGGGUUCUUAAAUAACAAUGGCAGUUCCACUAGUAGCACAACUACUUCUAAACUACUUGGUAAUAUCAAAUUGCCCUCCAAAAAGGACACAAACCCCACAACUGUGAGUGUGAGAUCAAAUGGGGCGAUCGAAAGUAAGAAAACUUCAUCAACUUCAUCAACUUUAGCAAGAUCUAAAUCCCAAUUGUCAAAAUUGGUAUUGAAUGUAGAAUCGAGGCAAUCUUUGGCAAAAGUCAAACCAUCAAGGUCAAUUCCUUCAUCUCCCACUAGUUGUUACUCUUUGCCUACUUCUUUUGAGAAGUUCUCCAAUGGGGUCAAGAAUCAGUCAAAGAUCAAAGGAUCUGAUAAGGAAAUUGGUAAAUUGAAUUUAGGGGAAAAAGGGAGUGGGGUGAGUUCAAGUGUGAAAAAAUCUGGAAUUGGAAAUUCGAUAAAGAAUUUUGUUCAGGGUAUUGAAUUGGGGCCUAAGGCUUUGAGGAAGAGUUGGGAAGGUAAUAUGGAUGUCAAGACUCCAAGAUUGAAAGUCAUCAAGAAUGAUUUGAAGAUUGAAGCUAGGAGUACUUCUGUUCCAAGAAAAUCUACAAGUGAAAGGAUUCCAUAUAAAGAGGAAGAUAACAACAACAAAUCACAAUCACUUACAAAGUCAUUAAACAAAGAGGAAAACAAGAUUCAGACACCUGUAAAGAGAUCUAUGGCUUAUGGAGAUUCACUUGAUCAUGAUCAUUCAAAUAAGCAAAAACCAACUUUAGGUAGAAAGUCAACUGCUGAGGCAUCUACAAAUGGUCUCCCAGGAAACUUGGUCAAAGUUUCUCUUAGUAACAGACGGUUGACCGAUGCUAGUGCUGCUUCUUGGUCUUCACUCCCAUCUUCUCUUUCAAAGCUUGGAAAGGAAGUGUUGAAACAUAGGGAUGCUGCCCAAAUUGCUGCUAUUGAGGCAAUGCAAGAGGCGUCAGCUGCUGAAAGCUUACUUCAAUGUAUAAGCACGUACUCUGAACUGCGAUGUUCUGCAAAAGAAGACAACCCACAGCCAGCUGUUGAACAGUUUUUAGCAUUACACUCAAACUUAAACAAUGCCCAUCAAAUAUCCGAAUCUUUAUCCAAAACAAAUCAUCUUAAUUCAUCAUUAGAUCAAGAAGAAACCCCAUCAGAAGAACAAUUAAAACUUUCAUCAGAAAGACAAAAACAAGCAACUUCAUGGGUUCAUGCAGCCAUGGCAACCAACUUAUCAUCCUUUUCAGUCUACACCAAACAACCCAAAUUAACCACCACCACCACCACCAAGACUCUUACUAAACCGGUUCUUGUACUUGAGAGCUCCACCAAUGCACCGUCGCCCAAAACCGCCAAGCCCCGCCAGUCGGUCAGCUCAAAGGCUGUGAAUCCGGCGACCCCGCGGCGGCAGAACGGUCAAAAGGCUCGGGUGGUGGUGGUCCAACCGCCGCCGCCGCCGCCACCGGAAUGGGAGAGAGGCGGUGGGUUUGAUGAGGCGGUUGAUUUGGCACAGAAGUUGAAAGUGGAGUCUCGUGAGUGGUUUUUAGGGUUUGUUGAAAGAUUCUUGGAUGCUGACGUGGACACUGCGAGUAGUUUAUCGGAUAAUGGACAGAUUGCGGGGAUGCUGAGUCAGCUCAAGAGUGUGAAUGAUUGGUUGGAUGCGAUUGGAUGUGGAAAAGAUGAAGAGGAAACGUCUUGUAUUUCACCAGAGACUAUUGAUAGGAUAAGGAAGAAGAUUUACGAUUAUCUCCUUACACAUGUGGAAUCUGCUGCAGCUGCACUUGGUAAACCCUGAGGGCAAUUACGUCUUUUGCACAGACUGAGACUGAGUCCCUGUCCUGUGGUUUGUUGUGAGUAGUAACAACUAACACGGGGUGUAAAAGAUGACUGAAAUGGUUAAAGAUUAUAUAUUUUUUGUAUAUAAAUUACUGAGAAGGUUGUUUGGGGGGUAUAGAUGGAGUGUUGACAAAAUUUGAUUAUGAAGAAAGGCAUUGAAUUGGGGGGGAUUCUGUGUGUUAAAUUUCUUGUUUUGUUUUGGAAAUGUUCAUUGAAAACUAUAGAAGAAGAUGAACAGAUUUAGUAGAUUGUCUACGAAUUAUGAUACAAGAGAAUGCCCUAAAGAUUAUAGGGGAAGAUGUGUUUGUUUUGAUUCUUUUAUGAUCGAGUAAAUUAAUUUUUUUUAA